UCCCCGCUUGGGUCCUUGGUCAACGUGGAACACACGAAAAUGUGAUGUUGUUUUGAACAAUCUGAGUAUGUGAUUUCGGGAAACUGUGGUCAUUUUUCACUCUAUUUAAUGUAUUUGAUGGACCCGAGUAUACUACCAUGAUGCCGGGAGACAACCAGUCCAAAAUGGCGCAAGUUGCCGUGGAAGCGACCGUUGGAAACUGCCAAAACUGCUCUAUUUUGCAUCAGAGCCUGACGGAAUAUGUGUCGUCAUUUCUGGCAUUAAAACAGAAGAUAACCGUUUCAGAUGACACGAUCAGACUUCAACAGCAGCUGAAAGACCUGCAGGUCCAGUUGGUUACUCUGGAGGAAAAGACAGCAGAUUAUAAUUCUGUACAGGCAGAGCUGGAAGAAAAAAGGCAAACUGUACAGGCUCUUGAACAGCUUUCUAAACAAAUGGAAGAAUUAAAGCAGGAAAAAAGCAAGGAUGAAGCCAAGAAUAAGAGUCUUGAAGACCAGCUGAAGUCUAUGAAUGAUUUGACAGAAAAACAGUCACUGGAAAAUGCGCAGCUGAGGAGAGAAAAGUCUGCUGUGGAAAAUGAGUUAUUGAAAUAUCAGGCAUCUUUAAAGCAAUCUCAAGCUGAAUUGGAUAAAGCUGAAAAAUUGCAGGAAGAGAACGCCAAAAUGACAGACAUGAAGGAUAACCUUGAAAAUAAAGUUCGACAGCUUGAAGACUUGAUUAGCCAAAAAAGUCAUCAGAUAACCCAACUGACCAAGGAGAAUCUCCUGCUAGAAAGCAAUAUUUAUGACGUCCAGGCGAGACUACAGAAACUGGAAAGAGCGCGAUGUAAAGAAUAUAUUUGCACAACGACUCAGACUGAUCCUGCAGAGCCAGAAGUAGACAAAGAGAAGGUACGGCUGCUGCUGCAGAGUUUAUGGACAUGUGUGGAGCCAGAUGCCAAGCAGGCAGCAAAACUGUUGCCUUUACCUGAGUCUAGUUCCAAACACGUCCUUCUCUCUUCUCCCCACGUCAAAUGGAAAUCUAAUCCAUGCAGAAUUUCCACCUCUGCUUCUCAGACAAUCGUUGGAUCAGACAGUUACCCUGUCAAGACCAAAGCCUCCAACACACCAUUAAAACCAGCUCUACAGGCACCGAAUGUCACCAAGCGCCAGGUGUCUCCUCAGCGUUUGAAUGGCAAGAAGGAAGCAGAAGAUCUCAAAAAGACAAAACCAGCGUGCAAAAAACAAAAAUUUGAGGAUUCACCUCCCAAAACUAACAACAGCCCUGAUAUUUCUUUUGAUGCAAUAAUGGAAAUGUUUAAGCCAAUACUUCCCUGCAUUUCUCCGCUACUAGACCUGGAGAAUGAGACUGAAGUUAUGGAGUUGGACAGGGAAGAAAAGAAAAUCCUCCCAGGAUCCUCUGAGGAUUUACAUGCUCUCAAAUCAGAAGAAUCCUUAAAUAUGUCAUCACCAUCAAACCACAACAGUCCAAAAUCUGUACUUCAGAGAGAGAAGAAUGUGGACUUUGUGGAUGCUGUAACACAUGAAUACCAUCAUGUUUCCAAAGAAAAAGACUUGGCACAAAACAGGUCAUGUGCUGCUGCUGCUCUGACAGACAAACCCCAUAAAGAUUUUGAAAAAGUUAUUUCUGAAAUAGACCCGUUGCCUAAGGAGGAGACGGCAUUGUUACAAUCCUCUUCAACAUCAAGUGGCAACGCUGGAAAUCCAGCUGAGUCCUGUGGUGGAAAAACCAACAGCGGUGGUGCUGACAGCAUCGUUGAAACUAAAAAUGGGUUUGAAGAAGCAAAACAAGAUAAUUUGGACUAUGACACAAAUAUGGAAGUUGACCCAAGCACAGUUGAUGCUCUCGAUACCCCAGCCGUCACUGCUGAUGACAAAGAGUUGCUGAGAGGAAGUAAUGAAGUUAUAGUCGUUGAAACAGAACAUGUUGCCAUUUCAAAAGAAAAUGAGUCUUUGAAGAAAAACAGUGUGACAAAAAAUGUCUCGGAAGUUGAAACGAGUCAUCUGAAAUCUUGUCAGAGCAGUACUGAUGCCACUGCAGUCAAACUCCAGGAAAAUACAGAAAAACCAGAGAAUACUCGACCCAGUAGCAGUGAUGGUGUCUCCAAUAUAAACCUCGAAGAAAGGCUGGAAAACCCUGCUAAUAUUCAAGUUCUUGGGGAGAAGGAUGAAAUAACAGCACAGAAAACUGGAAACAAUGAUGUCACUGCCAUUGACUCAAAUGCGCACAAUAAACUCACAAGUUUCACUAAAGCUCCAGGGUUGGACAUGGAAGAUGACGAGCUCCCUUCUUUUAAGGAAUGUAGCCACUUCAGUUCAAAAGCUCUUUUAAAAAUGGAUGAUGAUACGGAGAAAACAAGCAGUGCACCUUUGGUUUCAAAUUCAUUAGAAAAAAUUACUCUCGGUGGCAAACUUGGGGAAGAACAAUUGAGUUCAAAAUGUCCUUCACCUGUAAACCUGCAAAGUUUGAAAACCCCUAAGGCUGACGUUGACACGGAACAUGUUGCAGGUUCUGUUCAGCAUGGAGACAUUAUGGAAAAGGCAGCUGGCAAAGAGCUUUCUCCGGUCAGCCCAGAAUCAGGUCGUACCACCUCGUUUAUUAAAGAUACUUCUGCAACAAAGGGACAAACUGAACAUUCAGACACACGUGGAAUAAUGCAUGAAACGCAGAACUCACAUAUUCACAACGAAGAUAACUGUAGCUCAGAAGGGGGUCUAGCUUCAGCUCAAACCCCACAGAUUAUUGGACAUGUUCUGUUAGAAAUGGGGCCGCCACUUCCUCCUGUUCUGACUCCUCUGACCACACCCCCAAAGGCUGGAAAAUCAAUCAACCCAAGGCAUGCAAUUGGAAAAUUGUCAUUUCCUUCUCCCAUGGAUUGUAUGGAUUCACCUACCACUCCCACCAAGGCGCACUUGGUACCCAGCGGUCAACAGGUCAAUUCUUCCUCCCUACACAGCCCCACUCCUUCAAACAGCGUCCCCUCGUCUCCUCUUCAGUUCGGCUCUGCCACUCCAAAACAUGCUUUGCCGGUUCCUGGUCGCUUGCCCCCUAAACCAAAUAAUUCUUCACCCUCUGCUUCUGCCAGUCCACCUCAGGAAAACUCGAUGAGGUUCCUUGACAGCAUGUAUCCAGAGCUCUCGGCUCGUGCUCGGACUCUGAGCAUCCUCAGAGGGAAUGUCGGUCUUGGCAGUUGUUCAUCAGAGAGUGGAACACUGCCCACAGCGUCUGACCAUCAGGUGUCAAGCUUUAAAACCAUCAGCUCUGCUUCAACGGCUUUCACAAAGACUGAGCUGAGGGGAGAAAAAAGGCCAGCCAUCAGUUUGCCUCAGCCUGAAAACAGGAAAUGUCCAAAGCUCGAACCCAGUUCUGCUGAUGCUACUCAUUCUCCGCCUUCAAGCAGUAAAGAAGAGACUACCUCUCUCCACGCUGCAGGGAUUGACCAGUUCAAGAGUAGGACAACCUCUCCAUCUGCAGAAGCUGCUGAGCAAGACCCUGUAGUUAAUGUUUUAGAGAAAAUCAGGAAGCAAUGCUUUGAUUUGCUGCCUGUUGUUCAGAGCCACCUUUAUGUUGGCAAUCUGCCUACAAAGCCUGUUCUGAGGAAUGAGGAGAAAGAGGUCAUCUCUGACAUUUGUAAAUCUAGCUCGUCUCAGGUAGACGAUGUGAUUAUGGCCAUCUUGAACAAACUAAAGGCUGAAAAGGUCACUCUCAGCUCAAACUACACGCAAGCCCUCUGCAGAGUCUACAUCGGUGUCUGCAGACAGAAGAAAUGCUGGGAGAAGGCUCACAUCCUGGCCUACAGCAUUCUUACUGAAGAUUUUCCAGAUUCAGCCAAGCUGGUGUUAUUUAUGGUGACAACAUGGCCCACUGUUCUCUCUCACGGCAGCUUGCUGUGCCAGGCCAUUCAUACCGUCACCAAACUGAAAGCACAAGAAGGACUUCUCGGCUGCCUUUCUGCAUUUCUUGGCUGGGAAAAGAACCCUCCUUGUGACAUCGAGCAGCUGAUCUUCAGAACUCUGUCUGGACUUCGGUCAGGUUCAGAUCGGUCUUUUAUCAAACACACUCGUUAUGGAGAAGAUCUGGGAGCUGAAGCCUGGGAACAAGUUUUCACUCUGCACCUCCUGUGUUCACACAUGAAGUGGCAAUGGACCUAUGAACACGUGCUGCGCAGUGAGUUGUGGCCGUUAAUGAACACAUGGACAGCACAGCCAAGAGAUCAACAAGAGCCUGUCUCUGAUAAGACUGUUGCUACUGUACUCCGACUCAUAGGCCGCCUCAGUCAGCUGGGCCUUAAAGAGAUUUGCAUUUCAUCUGUGGACACUGUGGCUAACAUCAUCAACACGUUUCUAAGACAUGCACAGACUGAAGGUGUACCGUGGGAGGUCCAGUUAGCAGCCGUCUACUGCAGCUACGACCUGUCUCCCUGCAACCCCAAACAGACCCUGGAGGCCUUGGCAGAGUGGAGAGGAGAGACGAGUCAGCAUGUCCCUCCUGCUGUCACUAGCUGUAUCAAUCAGAUAGCAUCUAUCAGCAGACAGGUCAAGAGCUGAGACUGUACCAAGAUUUUUAA